UGACCCCCUGUGAAAUAUUUUUUUAGCCAAGCCACCCCUAACCAGCGCAAAGCAUUUUGGGCUGGAAAAAGAAAAUAGACUUAAAACAGUGCGUUGCCAUCAUUGUCUCAUUUCUUUUUAUUUUUUUUAAAAAGUGUCAAUAAAUAAUCCAAAAUUUUGGGAGUUACUUGAAAUACAUUUUUAACUUAGUUUGUUUGCAUACAAACCUUUGGAACAAUAACAAAAUAUAAUAUAUAACACAGGACUUUUUAUACAGUGCCCUCUAUAAAUACGUACAUUCAGAGCCUCAACUGACACUGUUGACGUAAGACUCAUCUGGAGUGUGAAAUCGGUCAUUAGCUCAUUAGUUGCCAUAUUUUCUCGAUAUUUCAUCAUUAAGCAAUGACAUGGAGUGGUAGCUAGAGCUAAACAACUACACAGUAUUGAAAUAAGACAGAAAUGAUGUCAAAAAGCAGAUUUGUCGUUCACUUUUAUUUCUCCCUUUUCCAGUUAAUUAAAUAAAAUUACAACAUAUUUAUGCCUGACGGUUGAAAUGACUUUCUACCAUAUAAUGUCUUUUACUAAACACAACCUUUCGUUUACAUCUUGGUAACCAUACUCCUUGAGUGAAACUAUAUUCUUUGUCCUUAAUAAUUUAGCAGACUGUAAUAAAAUCCAUGCGUGCUCGUGGAGGUCCAAACAUAAGCACAGCAUGGCCUCCAUGGGCAUGAAAGACCCUGUGAGUAUUCAUUCUUUUGUUGCAAAAUGGCAGAUUUUUUUCUCCGGUGACCUUCAUUUUUUUCUACAGAUUUUAAUGAGGGAUGGUGAAGCAGUAAAAGUGGGAAUUGUACUAAAUGCAAUACCAGGUCAAGAGUAUGUCUUCAUUCAUAAGGAUGGGCAAAGUUUGGACUACAUAUCAAAAGAUGAGCAACUACAACAGCGCUUGUCAUUCGACCAAGCCGUGACUGUGGAAAACAUGCAGAAGUUCCACGGGGAGUUGCUGCAGCCGCUCACUGAUUGCACAUGUGAAGGUUACAGCGUGUCACUGCUCAUAUGCGGAGCCUCCAUGGAGAACGUUGGCACUCUGAUUGACGACGUUAUUGUGCAACAGGUGUUGACAAAUGUCUUCAGUCAUGUGAUGCCACCUGUGAAAGAUGAGCUGUUUGUCUCUGUUUCCUAUCUUCAGUUUCAUCCAGAUGGUAGUGUGGAAGAUCUCUUGAACCCUGAUACACAAACUCUCGAACUUGUCCCUCAUCCAGUCCUGGGAAGUGUUAUCAGAGGUUUGGGCGAGGUAUGCGUAGACUCUGCAAAGGAAGCCUACACGCUCUAUAAAACAUGCAGGGAAGCACAAAAGGCCAAAGAAGAGUUCAUUUCGACAAGAUGUAGUUGGCUUUUCACAGUGGCGGUGGAGUGGAAACUCCAGGAGGAUGAAGUGGCCUUUCAGCUCUGUAGCAGCAUACUGCGGGUGUUUGGUCUGGUGGGAGGAGCCAAUUGGACAACCCUGAUGGGCGUCAACCCGCUGCUGAAGGUUAUGGAUCAAAUCCCAAGUGAAGCCGCCAAAACCGACCCACUCUUGCAUUGCCUUCUAAAUGACGCUCUUAGAGGAAAUAACAGGACAGCGCUCAUCUACUUUAUCCAACCUCAAGGCGAUUUAGAUGACGAGACGCCAUCUGCUUUAGCUUUGGCCCAAAAAGUGAAGCGGUUAGUGACGAGGGCCUCCCAAUUUUGCUGGAGCCCAGAGAAAAGGGAGCAAGAGAUCCGAGGUCGUAUUGUGGAGCUGAGACAUGCGAUGAUGUCAGACGCGGCUGAUGGGACGUGUAACAUCCACAGGCUGGCUGAGCUCAUCCGAAGCCUGCAGAUUGUGAAAGAGCAGUCGUGGCAGAAGAAAAGGGAAGCGUCAAAGAGGAUUAAACUUAAGCUAUGCGGGUCCCAAAAGAGCCAAAUACAUGGUGACUUAUCUGGAGGUCAUAACAUCAAUCCCAAAGAGAGUUCAGACGCCGUGAAAAGCUUGCAGGAAAAGUUGAGGCAGGCAAUGGAAGCACACGUAAGAGAAGAGACAGGGAGUGUGGAGAAAGUCCAGGACAGCAUAUCGAGGAUUCUGCAGUUGAUGGAGGCUCUCAGAGAGGAACCGAUAAAAAACAUUCCUGCAGAAAAAUGUGACCUCUGUCAACAAUUAAAUGAUGAGUAUCAGUUGGAAGACUGCCAUGCACACGAGCGUAGGAGGCAACUGAAGGAGCUCAGCGGGAGAUUAAUUCAGCGGGAGGUGGAGAAAAUGGAGAGAGACUUGACGAGCGAGCAGAUUCCAAGCGACAGCCUGCAGAGAGAGCUGCUGGUGAUGAGCAGUGAGAGACGGGUUCUGGUGCUGCAAAUGGAGGCCCUGCGAGUGGAGGCCCAGCAGGCCCACAAGGACCUGCUGGAGCUGCGUCACAAGCAUCAAAAUGAGCUGCGACAUCUGAGGGAAGAGAGCCUCCAGGAUAGUGCAACGCACAACAUGCCCUACAACAUGCAGGCCGUACAUGCGUUUGUGUUCAGGAGGUUUCAUGAAUCGAGCGAUCAUCUGAGGAGGACAUCUGAGGCCAGAUACAGAAGCGUGCUUCUGGAGGCUGUGCACGACGCCAUUUAUCUAUCUGCUCAGAACCACCAGCUGCAUGCUGACAACCAACAACUGCGUAAAGCUCUGGGGCAGUUGAAGGAUACGCUAACCAAGCAAGGUGAACACAGGGCUUGUGCAAUACCUCCCGAAACUGGGUAAAUGUGAAUAAAAGAUGUCGGUGUAUGAUAA